AUGUCCUCACAAUUCGUAGAACUCGACGUCUACGUAUACCCUGACAAGGUGCCCGCCUGGAGCUACCAACUGCCCUGCAGUGUGUCAACUUCUCAGCAGAGGAAUCAAGGCGGCAGUGACACCAAGAAAGAGGGAACCUCCACUCAGCCAGGCGGUUCAAACGGGAAUCACGGAAAAUCAGACGUGCCCUCCACCACCUUCACAGUGGUCACAGUCCCGACAACCAUCCAAACCAUCAUGAACGGCGUCUCCGCCCAGAUCCUGACAGUGGUACAAGUCACCAGCGCCCUGGGGGCCGGCAACAACGCAGACUCGGCCCCAGCACCCUCGUCAACCGCCGACGCCGACCCCCACGCCGGGGUCGCUCAGCCGCCGCCUCCUGGGUCUGGGGCACACCCGCACGCCGCACCUACAGACGCGCCGUAUGGUGCCACCGCUUGGCAGUCUACUGAGCCAAGCAGGUCCGGCCUGACCUCAAAGCCGAUGUUGCCUGCCAAGAAUACCCCUGUCACGAGCUCGACCUCGUCUCGCCCUCCGGUCGUCACUGCUGGCGUGCCUGGUCUCGUGGGUAGUGGUGGUAUGCGAGUCGCCUUCUUUGUUUUCGCGCUGGCAGCGCUUCUAUAA